AUGUGCGCACUCACCGCGCGGGCCCCCGCGCCGGACCGGCACCGAGCCCCUCCCGCGCCCGGCCGGACGCUGACCCGCUCCUCCCCGCGCCGCUUUCCGGCCCCGCCGCCCUCCCGCUCCCCGGCCGCGCCGGGCGCGGCCCCGCUCGGGCGCCCACGUGUUGCGGGGCCGACCCGCCUCCCCCAGCGCCGGCCACGCCACGGGCCCCGGCCUAGCGCGGCCCGGGCGCUCCGCGGGGCGCGGCGGAGAGACGCGCGGGAGGCGGCGAGCAGCGCUGCCCGCUGCGGGCCCGGAAACGAGCAGCGGCGCGGCCGCCCCGCGGAGGGGUGCUCGGUGUGGCACGGGCACCGCCGGCCCCCCGCGUCCCGCCAGCCGCGGGGCCCCGCUAGGCCGGGCAGGCAUCCACGGCCUCUCCGCGAGGGAGCGGGAACCCAGCGCCCCCCGCCCGCCCCCCGUACCCCCCACACCCCCGGCCCGGGCGGCGGCGGCGGCCGCGCUCCGGCGGUACCUGCGCGGCCCGCGGGCGGCGGUGACUCAGGAGCAGCGAGGCGGAGGCGCCGCGCGGCCGGCGGUGAAAGGACCCGCGCUCCCGCCGCUCGCGCUCAUAUAGAAUUAACGUCACCACGUAACCCCCCUCCCCCGCCGCCCGCGUCUCAUGGCAACGCGUGCGCGCGCCCUCGCGCCGCCCGCCCCGGGAGCGCGCGCCGGCCGUUGGCCGAGGGCCGUUGGGCCCGAGCGGGGCGCGCGCGGAGCCGCCCCCGCCGCCGCCCCCCGGGCCGCGUGCCCGGGCCUCGUGCCCGCCGCGUGCCCGUGCCGCCCCCGGCCCGGGAGAAGGGCCCAGGCCGCGGGGCCGCCAGCCGCGCCGCCAGGUGCUGCCCCGGGAGCGGGGGGCCGGACCCGCCCCCGGUCAGCGUGCGAGGCCGCCCCGACUGCUGCGGUGUGCCCCAAGCCCGAGCGCGGGGGUUUCUGAAGGCGCCUGAGCAUAAGCAGGAGUUACUCGGGCAGGCACCACAAAACCACAGUCGGUGCUAG